UAAGGAGCACUUUUCUUAACUCUAGAGAUGUUGCUGAAAAUAAUUUUCUAGCGAUGGACGCUCUUUUGGUGACGCUGGCGUUGGCUGGCGUAUUGCUGGCCGUCCUUUACUACCUCAGCGUGCGAAACUUUGGCUACUGGAAGAAACGAGGGGUGCCGUUCAUAAAGCCACUGCCGCUGAUCGGAUCGCAGUUGUCGGUCCUUGCCCUCCGUGAGCACAUUGGCGAUUAUUUCGACCGCUAUGCCCGAAAGUACAAGGGCCAAAGGUUCGUCGGCUUCUUUCAGGGGAACACGCCGGCCCUGAUCGUCAUGGACCCUGAGUUAGUUAAAGCAAUCAUCGUCAAGGACUUUUCGCAUUUUGUCGAUCAUGCUUUUGAGGUUUCAGAGGAAUCCGAUCCAAUGCAGUCAAGAAAUUUGUUCAACAUGAGGGGACAAAAAUGGCGAGAAAUGCGGAACAAACUGUCGCCGACCUUCACCUCGGGCAAAAUGAAGGGAAUGUAUCCUUUGGUUGAGGAAUGUGCCAAAAACGUCGAAAGCUUCAUCCGCCAGCACCAAAACGAAAAUAUUGAUAUUAAAGAUUUACUUGCUCGGUUUACAACUGAUGUUAUUGGCUCUUGUGCCUUCGGAGUGUCAAUCGACUCGGUGUAUGAACCGCACAACCAGUUCAGGGCGAUGGGUAAAAGAAUGCUUGAAGUAGAUUUCAUACAAGGAAUGAAAAAUGCGUUCAUUAUUGUGUUCUUGCCUGAGCUCGCCAAGUUGUUCAAAUUCAAGUUCUUCCCUGAGGAAGUGAACGACUUCUUCCGGAACUUAGUCAAACAAAUCGUCAGUCAGAGGACAAAGACUGGCAACAUGCGCAAGGACUUCAUGCAACUGCUGAUUCAGCUUAAGCAACUCGGAAAACUGAAACAGGACGAUGAAGUGGAAAAGUCAGAGCAUGAGGGCUGGGCAGCUGUGCAGACAGACUAUAAGCUGACAGAUGACGACAUCGUGGCGCAAGCCCUUGUGUUUUUCUUCGCCGGCUUCGAGACGAGCUCGUCCAACAUGACCUUUGCCAUGUUGGAGCUGGCGCGCUACCCUGACGUGCAGCAAAAGGCGCGCGAUAACAUCGAGGAGGUGCUGCAACGGCACAACGGUCAAAUGAGCUACCAGGCGCUGCAGGAGAUGACCUUCCUCGACUGGAUCAUGCUCGAGUCGCUGCGAAUGUAUCCACCGGUUACUGUCAUCAACAGGGUGUGCACCAAGAACUACAAAAUCCCUGAUACUGACCUUACCCUGGAGAAGGGUGAUUUGGUCAUGAUUCCUAACAGGGCAUUGCAGAACGACCCUGACUACUUUGAAAAUCCUGAAGUUUUCGACCCUGAGCGAUUCCGCGAUGAGGAGAGAAACCACAAAAACCAAUUCGUCUUUCUGCCUUUCGGCGAGGGACCGCGUCAGUGCAUUGGGAUGCGAUUUGCCAAAAUGCAGUCCAAGUUGGGCUUGUACACAAUUCUGCGCAACUUUGAAAUUGUGUCCAGUCCCAAAACCGUUUACCCGCCAAAGUGGGACCCAAAGCAAUUCUUACUUGUUGCUAAAGACGACAUCUUCGUUCAACUGAAGGCCCUCUAAUGUGCUCAUCAAAUAAAUAUUAAACAUAACAAUUGCAUUCACUCAGCUUAAUAUUUUAUAUCUGUUAACAUUUGAAUUAACAACGGAAAUUAUGAGUUUAAGAUCUCUCAAAAAUAAAAAUAAAAUAUUUGACAGCGGAAAUUUAUUGUUAGUGUACUCGCUACUCAAGUUUU